CUGAAUCACCAGAGAGACACAGCGCUUUUUGCUUGUUCUUGUCCACACAUCGUAUACACACGGAAAUGGCCGUAGCAGAUAUAAGUUCUGUGACUAUACCAGCACAGGAACUUCAGAGGGUUGCUUCAGCUCAUUUCAGAAGGCCUAACCUUAAUCUUAUAGAUCACACACAGCGAAGAGAUAAAUAUCAACGGUUUUGUGUUCCCCUUCACAAAGCAACACUGAAAGGUGAUUGGAAAACAGCAAAGCGUAUCUUAGAUCAAGACCAGAGUCUAGCUUGCACUGCCAUAGCCAAGGGGUGGUCGACGGUGCUUCAUGUGGCUGCUGGAUCGAACCAUAUUCACUUUGUGGAUGAGCUAGUGAAGGAAGUGAAUCCAGAAGACUUGGAAUUGCAAGAUGUGAAUGGGAACACUGCAUUCAGCAUCGCUACACCAACUGGGAAUCUGCAGAUUGUUGAGAUCAUGAAGAGAAAAAACAAAGACCCAUUGAUAAGGGGCGCUCAAGGAACCACUUCUCUUCAUGUGGCUGUUUUACAAGGACAAAGUGACAUGGCUUGGCAUCUUUAUCCAGAAACUAUUCAGGCUUUUCAUGAUUAUACUGAUUGGAUAGUACUACUCUUCUGCUGGGUCAACAAUGAAAUCUAAGA